CUUAUGCAGAAUGUGUGGCUUAAAAGAUGAAACGGUGAAUCACUUACUGUGUGAAUGUAGCAAGAUGGCACAGAGCCAGUAUAAACACCGACACGACAACGUGGCCAGAAUUGUGCACUGGGCAAUUGCGAAAGAACAUGGAUUUGAGGUUAAAGAAAAAUGGUAUGAACACGAGCUAUUACCAGUCAUCGAAAAACCUGACCUAAAAAUACUGUGGGAUGUUACCAUCCAAACAGAUAGGGAAAUCCAAGCCCGAAGACCUGACAUCGUAAUAGUGAACAGAAAAGAAGGUGAAUGCAUAGUAAUUGAUAUUGCUGUGCCAGGAGAUGCUAAUGUCGGCGAAAAGGAAAAGGAGAAAGUCCUGAAAUACCAGGAUAUAAGAAGAGAAAUUGCCCGAUUAUGGGACAUAAAGACAUGUGUUGUUCCAAUCGUUGUUGGCGCUCUCGGAACAGUCAGUAAAAACUUGACAAAGCAUUUAAGUUCGAUUGGCUUAAAGACAAGGAUCGAGUUACUCCAGAAAGGAGCUCUCCUCGGAUCAGCGUGGCUACUAAGACAGGUGCUCGAGGUCUGAGGUCGUAGGAUACGACUUGACCUCGAUACAUAACCUACCAGCUGUUAACAGCUGCGAUCGAAUAUGUAUAAUAAUAAUAAUAAUAAUAAUA